AUGGUUAAUUGGCCGCACUAUCCUUUUGCAGCGUACCGAGAGAGUAGACCAGCUGCUGGAGUUAUUGCUGCUCUCGUUGGUAUCUCAUUAAUUGCAUGGAUCGUACAAUCAAAGAAAAUACAUUUUAGACCACGUCGACCUCAAAUUCUUAUUCUCAUUUCUCAUAUAACUAUGCUCAUCCAACUCAUAUUACGUGCAGCUUUCUCUAAGAGAACGAAUGAUUCGAAAGGUGCUUUUACUGUCUUAUCAGUUCUGCUUUCCAUUAGUCUACGUACAAUUAUUUUAGCAAAUUAUGAUUUUCUCACACAAGUACAUAAACUCAAACCGUGGAUCACUCGAACUAUUAUCAUAGGAUCAGUUGUUCUUGGAAUUACAUCGGCAGUUCUCAUGGCUCCAGCAGGUUCAUUAUCAUAUGAUCCUGAUAAAGUCGAUACGAGUUUUCAACUACGACAAGCAUCAUCAGCAAUUGUUCUUGGUUUGACCGUACUCUUCUAUCCAGUUUGGUUUCUAACAAAAACAAUAAAACAUAUGACAAGAUAUGCCUUUAUUCUUUUGAUUAUCUCUAGUUUCGCUUGUUUAAUAGUUGGUGUUUAUCUAGUGAUUAUAUCAGUUCCAGAGUAUUAUACUAAAUCAAAUGAAAAAGAAUUGUGGGUAUAUAUUUUUCAAAUCGUACCUAACGUUAUCGCACUAUUUGCAUGGUCAAUCUUGCAUCCGAGACGAAGUUUAAAACAAACAGAACCACCAAAAGAACCAUCAAAAGAAGAAGAAGAGACUAAAACUAAGACUAACGAUGGUGAGCAAAUCGUGCGUCUCUAA